CUUUGCUUUAUAGUGAAUCAUUUAUGCUUGGCAUGUCAAUUUCCACAAACUCAAGGCAACGUGGUUAGAAUCGCCCCGAUUCAAUGACUGUCCAGCGCAACAGUGAAAAAACCUACACCGCGAAUGUCGACAUAAAUUCUGUAGCGGCAUGGAAUUGCACAAAAUCGGAGGUGUUACAAGUAGAUGAUGUUUAGUGCGUUUGCAUAAUCUUGUUGGGACCGACGUAUGUGGUUUUCUAAAAAGGAUUUUUAAAAGGAGCGGGAUUUAUGCUGGGUAGCUGAGCAGCAGAAGACAAAACUCAAGGGGAGAUGGAACCAUGGUCUGGCUGAGACCGAACCACAAAAAUAUAUUUCUGCCAUUGCCGGCAAUGUUUCAGGCAACAUGCAUCUGCCUUCCCGAGUGCUCUUUUUAAUUACCGCUUUAGCAUCCAAGAGGGAGUACGUGGAAAAACGGAUUGUGACAGAUAUUUACUGACAUAAGACAUCGCAUGGACCAGCAACGACUUCUUUAUCAAACACCUGCUAAGGGAAUACAUUUAUCUUUACUUAUCCGGUCAGCCUCAACACUGUACUGACACCUAACGUUUUAACGUCUUGUUGAUAAACUCCUUGACAUAAACGAUCCUGAGGAAUGUGGGGAUUACAGAAAAGGAGACUAUUUGGUGUUCUUUCAGCACCCGUGAUAGUAGCAGUUAUGUGCUGUGCACAGAGCGCCAACGAGCCAGGGAACAUGUCUUUCGUGAAAGAGACUGUGGACAAACUGUUAAAAGGAUAUGACAUUCGCCUUCGACCAGACUUUGGAGGUCCCCCGGUUGCCGUGGGAAUGAGCAUAGACGUUGCGAGUAUAGACAUGGUGUCAGAAGUCAAUAUGGAUUACACAUUGACUAUGUACUUUCAACAGUACUGGAGAGACAAGAGGCUUGCAUAUUCAGGAAUCCCAUUAAACCUGACACUUGAUAACCGGGUAGCGGAUCAGCUGUGGGUGCCUGACACCUACUUUUUAAAUGAUAAGAAAUCCUUUGUCCAUGGCGUUACAGUGAAAAACCGGAUGAUUCGCCUACAUCCAGAUGGUACAGUGUUAUAUGGCCUGAGGAUCACAACAACAGCUGCCUGUAUGAUGGAUCUGAGGAGGUACCCACUGGAUGAACAGAACUGCACCUUGGAAAUAGAAAGCUAUGGCUACACAACAGAUGAUAUUGAAUUCUACUGGAGAGGUGGGGACAGUGCAGUCACAGGUGUGUCCCGGAUUGAGUUGCCUCAAUUCUCCAUUGUGGAACACCGACUGGUUUCGAAGAAUGUUGUCUUUGCCACAGGUGCCUACCCACGAUUGUCUCUGAGCUUUAAGUUAAAGAGAAAUAUUGGAUACUUCAUUCUUCAGACCUACAUGCCCUCAAUUCUGAUUACCAUCUUGUCUUGGGUGUCAUUUUGGAUCAAUUAUGAUGCCUCUGCUGCAAGAGUUGCUUUGGGAAUUACAACGGUAUUGACGAUGACAACAAUCAACACCCAUCUUCGAGAGACGCUACCCAAGAUUCCCUAUGUCAAAGCUAUAGACAUGUACCUGAUGGGCUGCUUUGUUUUUGUCUUCUUGGCCUUGCUUGAAUAUGCUUUUGUCAACUACAUCUUUUUUGGAAGAGGCCCACAAAUGCAGAAGAAGCUUGCAGACAAAGCAGAAAAGGCUAACAAUGACAGGACCAAAUAUGAGGGCAACAGGUCUGUUCUGGAAGGAGGCAAUUGCAAGCCAACGUCUGUUAAACAGUCCAAUCAGGCGCAAGGGCAUCGGCACUCACGAGCGGUGGAUGCCCAUGGAAAUAUUUUGUUAACGACAUUGGAGAUUCACAACGAAGUGGCAGGCAACGAGAUCACAACCAGCGUCACGGAAUCGAGGAAUUCCUCCACAGCCUUCGACAACUCAGGAAUCCAGUACAGGAAACAGAGCAUGCCUCGGGAAGCCGUUGGACGUCACAACUUGGACCGCAGCGCCCAGCUAAAGAAGAGCCGCCUAAGGAGAAGGUCCUCCCAGCUCAAAAUAAAAAUUCCCGAUCUGACUGAUGUGAACGCUAUUGACAGAUGGUCGAGGAUAGUGUUCCCCCUAGCAUUUUCACUCUUCAACUUAAUUUACUGGCUUUACUAUGUGAACUAAAUGUUGAGUUGGGAAUCUUUGGUUCUUUCUUUUUGAAAAGACUGCUUCUAUGUCAAGGGUAGAAUUGUUUACCCCUUUUGUCAAAGUUUUUAUACUUGCAAUCUUACCUAAAGUAGGGUUUACAAAUGAAUUGCAAACGUUCACACACAAUUUUAUAAAGACCUAUAAAAAAUGGAUACCCACCGAAUAUAAGCACUGAAGGAGCAUGCAUGAUAUAAUCAAAAAAAGUGGGGAAAAAACUACUUGCCCAUUUCACAGACUGGAAAGAAAGAGCUAUUACCUGAUAAAUAAAAGCAUAUAGUAAUGACUGCAGUAUUUAAUCUGAACCUUAUAAAAUGCAAUAUACAGAAAUGUGGGUUUGAUUAAACAAUUAGGUUGUAGUACCAUUAAAAUUAUACACUUUCCAUGUUCUGAUGAUGCUCAUAUUUAUGCACAUGAAAGUAACGGGAUGUACAUAAUCAUGUUUUAUGAUGCUUAUGGAUUCAAAUUUUUGUGAUGAUAUCAUAUGCAUAUAAAUAUAUUUGCCUUGAUUAGGUAUGUUUCUCAUGGGGCACACUACGCCCUGUUUAUCGUAAACUGCGCUAUGUAAUCUUGCUUUACAGUAUGUAUUUCUUACAGCACACUCUAGAAAACAAUAGAUCUUAAAGCAUUUCAGGAUACAGCUUUGUUUAAAACAUCUCAUUAACACAAGGGUUAAUGUUUUUUCAACAGAAAGAAAAAAAUGCUUGAGAACAUAAUUUGCUAGCAGCACUGAAAGUGUUGCAUUUAAUAUUAUUUUUGAUGUUGGCUAAUUAAGAAUGAGUAUCCUGUUAAAGGAUCAGAAUUUUUCUAAUGUAUUUUGUUCAUUUUUUAGAUUGUUAUACAAUUACUUGUCUCAGGAUCCACAUAUAGACAUAUAUACAGUACAUAACAUUCACUGACAUCAACACUUUUAUCUUUGAAGUCACAUUGAAAGCACCAUAAAUGUUGUACUUAAUUUUGUAAGAUAACUAUAUAUCCAUAUACAGUAUAGGUGACUAUUGCAUAGUUUAUUUUAUCUUGUGCUUUAUAUUGUGACAGCAUGAUUUUAUUUUUGUGUAGAUUACAUACGGAUCACAGUUUGUUUUUCCAGCAUUUUAUAUUUGGUUGCUGCUAACGGUCAUUCUAAUACUUUUUGCCGUGUUUUGUGAAACAGUGACUGUACAUAGCUUGCUAUGUUAUUACAUACAGUAUACAGUAAAAGUGUACUUCAAUAGGUCUAUACAAACCACUUCCUCAAAAUGACAUAUGGCCAUUCAAUAAAUAUCUAAAUGCUGUUCACAACAUUAAUUUAUUGGGUUAAUGUUAUAUAUAAAGUAUAUUUAUUACACUAGUAGUUAUUCAUUAUUUGUACAUUAUCAGUACAGUAUAUUACACACUAUCUUACUGUGUUAACCUUUUUAUUUUGAAACUGUAAACCCAUAUUCUGUUAUUGCAUAUAACACAGUGAUAAUAUGUUUUUUUAUCUGUUUCUGAGGUAUAUGUGAGGAAAAAAUUAUUAUUAUUAUUAUUAUUAUUAUUAUUAUUAUUAUUAUUAUUAUUAUAAAUUUGGAAUUGCAUCAGGAGAUAACCUAGACUGAAUAAAAACACAUUAAAUUAAAAAUACCAAAACAGGUAUAGAGGCAAACAAGAAUUUAUGGAGAAAGUUCAUUAGAAACAGAACAUAAUGGGUGAUGGAAGUUAGUAUUCUUAAACAAUGAACUCAAAUUACAUAAUCUCUGUGUUAAAAUAUCUCAGACUGCAGGCCAUCAAAGCACAGAUAGUGAUUCUUCUGCCCAGGGGGUGUAUUUCAAUCAGGAAAUAACCACAAUUCCAAUAUACACAAAACUGUAUCAAUAGUGAAUGAUUUGUUUCUAAACACUUACCCUUUUUUGUUAUUUAGAUUUUAGUGAUAAUAAAACAUUUUGUAAGAAACAAAUAAAACUUUCUAUUGGAAAUGUAUAUAUUAUUUUGUUGUUACUUAGUUUUUCCUUUUUUCUUCUUUUCCAGUUACAGAGUAUUUGUAGAUAAAACUGGCAAUAUGCACCCCACACUAUUACAGUCUAUCUUCAGUAUAAUGGGAACGUUUUAAAUAUUCAAAAUUUUGUCAAAAGACUAGUUCAACACUAGUUUUAAAAGACAGGUUGUUUGUUUUGGAAGUUGAAAGUACAUCUAAAUUUACAUGUUUUACAUGCUAUAUAAACGGGUAUUUUAUUUAAAGCCAUUUUCCCUUAUAAACACAAUGGUUUGACAUCAGGCCACUAUUUCGGCGUUUUGGAUUCAGUCAGCAGGCUGGCUUAAAGACAAGUGGCACAUUUCUCAAAGCUUUUAAAAGGUCAGGGAGGACAAGCAAUUAUGCUGCUUUGUGUCAGGUAUCAGAGGUUUUCAGAAAUCUGGAGAAGACUUAAUACAAUUCAUCAGAUAUAAGUACUGUACAUUCUUACGGUGUGUUACAAAACAGGGAAAGACAUGUGACAUUUGGAGAAGCUGUGAUCUGGUAUCACAGCAGAGUCCUUUCAGGUCAAUAUCAUGAGAUAUGAAUAGAGAAGAUAAGAACUGCCCACACCCGUAUAACCUGUAAGCCCUAGAAGUAAUAAACUCGUUAGUUUCUGAUAAAUAUGACUGGUAACUAGGAUACUAAAGCCUGUGAUAAACUACCAACUUCUCAUUUGUUAUUGCGGAAUCAAUCAAUGUGCAGUAAGGGCCUAAGUGAACCUGAUGAUUGCAAAGAAUUAAGCAUUACAUUUCAGCAUCCAGGUGUUUUUUUCUUCAGGAGUCAUUUCCCAGUGCCGAUAUAACUUUAUUACUCUUUUAUAUUGACAACAAGCAGCUUCUUGCUAAAAUUGGGAUGUACAGUACAGUGAAAGCAACAAAUUUAUCUUUGAUAUAUAUAUUUUUAAUACCUAAUGCUCUAAAUGUGUGUGUUGGGAAUCAGAUUGGAAGAUCACCAUUAUUUAAGUAUGCUGAGGACAAACGUAUGGUUUUACAUGAUAAACUUUAUUAUACAUAGUAUUAAUUUCUCGUCUUAUGUAAAGUGCAUUCAUCGUUACUGUUUCCAUUGUUGUAUUGCCUUUGCACACCGUACUAAAAAACAAUCUAUUUUUAUUUUGUCGUUUACAGCUCUAGAUAUUUGUGAUUAUUUUAAAUUUUGGUUAUGUACUGUAAGCUGCAUACAAAAAGCCAUAAUGCUAAGUUUAAGUAUGGUAUUGUAUAAAAUCAUUAUGUUGUUUUUAGAUUAGUACAGUAGAAUCACUUCAUAGCUUCAAUAAAGUGUAAUUUGAGAUUUGUCAAGAUAUUGUAAACCAUUAAGACAUAACUCUUCAUAAAUGGAAACCAAAAUUGUAUCCAAAUUUAUUUAGGUUUCAUAUUUAAGGUGUUUUUUGUUUUGAAACAAAUGUAAUUGUAGGUUUAAUUUAUUUAAAAAUAGUCAUUUUAAAAUACAUUAAGAAACUGAGACUAAACAUUAUUUUUGUCAGGGAUAUUAAGUUGAAAUCAUGAAAGAAUGAAUGUAUUUGCUUCAAACACUCACUUUAAGUUAUAUCUAUUACAUAAUUAUGUCUGUUGUGUUUGUGUUUACAAAUCCCUGUAAGCAAAGUAUGGUUUUAUAAAUUAAGGGAAGACUUCACUUCAGAUUAACUACAGAUAUUGAGAUACACUGUAGGUAACGUGAAUGUGAGUGAGAUACUUUUUGCAGAAAAGCAAUAAAAGAUUGUUUAACAACA